AUGAUGAUGAGAAGAGAAUCUGAAGAAACGACUAAACAUAAUGAUAAUGAUAUAAAAGAUCAUUUGGCUAAUGAACGAACUUUUUUAGCUUGGAUACGAACUGGUCUUACUGUGUUUACACUCGGAUGUGCUAUUGCACGAUUUAGUAGUUCAAAUAGUUCAUCAAAUUUAAUAAGUAAAAAUGUUGACAAGAAACCAAUUAUAUCUGGAUUUAUAUUAGUUUUAUGUGGAAUUGGUUGUUUGUUAUAUUCUUUUUGGCAAUUCUUUCGAAUUCAUCAACAAAUUAAGACUAAAUCGACUCCGAAUUUAUUUGGACCAUCGAUUGUUUUACUUUUAUUAUUGAUAGCAUUAAUUGUUAUUAUGAUUCUUCUCUUUUUUCUUUAA